GACACUUCCGGUGUCAUGGUGCCGCAGUGACCACUGAGUGACUUGCUGAGAGGACCUGGCUGACUAGACCGCUUUGUUGUGUGAUUUCUCCUGGCUGUGCGCUGCAUUGGAAGGAUCCUGGGAGACCCUCAAGCACGCAAUGUUGGAUUCUUCUCUGGUUUUGGAAUCAAGGUAAUACUUGCUUCCAGGAGUGAUUUUGAGCCCUUGACCUUGGAGGAUGUAUCUAUGAACUUCACCAUGGAAGAGUGGGCUUUGCUGAAUCCAUCCCAGAAGAAGCUCUACAGAGAUGUGAUGUGGGAAACAUUUAUGAAUAUGACUGCUAUAGGGAGGACCUGGGAAAACCAGCAAGUUGAACAAGAAUACAAAUGUUUGCCAAGAAAUCUAAGAAAUGAAGAGGUAGUAAAAUGGUAUCAACACAAACCUUGGAAUCAAUAUGAAAAUCUGUUCUUUUGGACUCCAGGUGCUAAUAUGGAUAUGCAACAAGCUGCUUUAAAAGUAGCUGAAAAUUUUGUCUGUAGUGAGCUCCUGAUUGGGAAUUUAUCACAAAAUGAACUCAUUUUUCCUUACAUUGGCCUGAAGCCAGAUGAAUGUUUGAGAUUUGAUGACCAGCUGUGUAUAUUUAAUGAACAUGGAAAAAUCUGCAGUGAUCUCCAGUCCUUUCUCAAACAUGCAGGAAUACAGACAGGAAACAUGCCUUUUCAACAUGAGCAAUAUGGGAAAAGCUGCUGUGCACAUAGUGAAAGAACUCACGUUGGAGACAAGAUCAUUGUAGGUAAGAAAAGUGUGGAAGUCUCCAGGACUCCCAGUGCUGUUCAGAUUUAUGGAAGUGUUCACACUGGGAGGAAACCAUGUAUAUGCAAGCGAGAUGGGAAAACUUUCAGUACUCAAAGCUGUUUUAAAAUUCAUGAAAGAUUUCACAUGGAGGGGAAACACUACAUAGGUAACCAAUGUGGGAAAGCAUUCAGCACACACAAAACCUGUGAAAGACCUAGAAGAAGUCACACUGGGGAGAAACUAUUUCUGUGUAAGCAGUGUGGAAAAGCAUUUACUACAAAGUAUUCUUGUAACAUACAUGAAAAGAUUCAUGCAGGGGAAAAGCCUUUUGUUUGCAAGCUAUGUGGGAAAGCAUUCACUACGCACAGUUAUUGUCAAAUACAUGAAAGAUGUCACACUGGGGAGAAACCCUAUGCAUGUAAGCAGUGUGGGAAAGCAUUUAGCACAAUUGGUUAUUGUAAAGUACAUGAAAGAAUGCACACCGGGGAGAAAUCUUAUGUAUGCAGGGAAUGUGGGAAAACAUUCAGCGUAUACAGUAACUGCCAAAGACAUGAAAGAACUCACACUGGAGAGAAACCUUAUGUGUGCAAGCAAUGUGGAAAAGCAUUUACUACAUACAGAUAUUGUCAAAUACAUGAAAGAUGUCACACUGGGGAGAAACCUUAUGUGUGCAAGGAAUGUGGGAAAGCAUUCACUACAAAGAGUUCUUCUAAAAGGCAUGAAAAAAGUCACACAAGGGAAAAAGCUUAUGUGUGCAACCAAUGUGGAAAAGUAUUCCCUACACACAAAGUUCAUAAAAGACAUGAAAGAACUCAUGCUGGGGAGAAACGUUAUUAUGUAUGCAAGAAAUGUGGUAAAGCAUUCACUUCAAAGCAUAGUUGUAAAAUACAUGAAAGAACCCACACUGGGGAGAAACCUUAUGUGUGCAAGGAAUGUGGGAAAGCAUUCACUUUGCGGAGUACUUGUAAAAAACAUGAAAGAACUCACACUGGGGAGAAACCUUAUAUGUGUAAGGAAUGUGGAAAAGCAUUCACUAGGUUGUAUUCUUAUAAAAUACAUAAACGAAUUCACACUGGUGAGAAACCUUAUGUGUGCAAGCAAUGUGGAAAAGCAUUUACUACAAAGAAUUCUUAUAACAUCCAUGAAAGAACUCACACAGGAGUGAAACCUUAUGUGUGCAAGGAAUGUGGGAAAGCCUUCUCUAUAAACCAACACUGUCAAAAACAUGAAAGAAUGCACACUGGUGAGAGACCUUAUGUGUGCAAGCAUUGUGGAAAAGCAUUCACUACAAAGAAUUCUCAUAAUAGACAUGAAAAGAGUCACACUGUGGAAAAACCUCUUGUGUGCAAGCAACGUGGAAAAGCAUUCACUACAGAGUUAUUAUAAAGAAUGUGAAAAAAUUCACACGGAAAAAACCAUAUGUUUGCAAGCAAUGUGAGAAGGCAUUUGCUACACACAGGUAUCUCUAAAGCCAUUAAAAAAAUUACAGUGAAGAGAAACUUUAUGUAUGCAAUGAAUGUGGGAAAACAUUCUUUACACAAUAAUGCUGUCAAAUACAUGAAAAUACUCAAACACUGGGGGGAAACUAUGAGUUCAAUGAAUGUUGAAGAGCAUUCACAACAAAGGGUUCUUACUGUGUACAUGAAAAAGUCACAUAGGGAAGAAACCUAUGCUUGUUUCCCUAAGGAAACAAGCAAGUAGUGUGGAAAGGCAUUCACUUCACAGAUAUUGCCAAAGGCAUGAAAAAACUCACACAGAUUAGAAUCCCUAGCGUGGCAGUCUUAUGAAAAAAGAUUUGCUACUAUAUCUUCAACUUAUCUAGAUCUCACACUGGGUAGGAACGCUUUGUGUUUAAGUGAUGUGAAGAAAGCAUUCAAUAUACACUUUUUACAAAAUAGAAACAAGUUACACUGGAGAGAAUCCCUAAACAUGUAAGCCUAUUUUGAAAAUCUUGUGAAAAUUCUUCAUAUAGUGGAGAUAUGUACAAAUUAAAUGGGAACUUUGUUAUCAUUUCUUCAUAAAUUUUCCAGAAAAAACCACUCUGAGGGAGAUACCCUAGAAUGUAUUCCUUUUGUGUUUCAGUAAAUGUCUAAGUAUCCAUGUUUUUUACUAUAAAAAAUACAGACAUAUUUUUGUGUAAGUCAUUGUCUUUCAAGUUAAUAUAUAGUAUUUUCUAAUUAAAUAGGGGGAAUUGAAUUUUAUUUCUCACUUCAAGUAGGAUUAGUAUUUGUAUAGUUUUGAUUUUGUUUUGUUUUUAAUAUUGGGAAGUAUGCCCUUUAAGGAAACAAAUUUUAUUGUUUUUUAAUUGAUGGAAUUUCCCAGUAACUUUGAUUUUAGUUUUCAUGGUAUAUAUAUAUAUAUAUAUAUAUAUAUAUAUAUAUAUAUAUAUAUAAAACAUUGGUUGUAAAAUAAUUUUUUAAAUUUAAAGUUAUAGUAUGUAUGCAUGUAUAUGCAUAUUUAGAGAUGUGAACAUUGAGUUUUAAAAAUACGAGUUGUUUUCAUACAAUCUGUAUAUUAGAAAACCUUUGGUUUUUCAUAUCCUAGUAGAACACCUGGAUAUAUCCCAACAUAUCAAGUUUGUAAUUUCAUGUAUUUUGCUUUCAAGUCUAUGUUAGUAUUAUGAUUUACAUAACAUUUUGUUUUCUAUUCACCAACAUUUGGCUUUUUAUGCUUAUAUUUUUAUGAACUCAAAUUCAUUGUAAUUUUAUUAACAGUUAUACCAAAAAAUAAACCAUACUGUUUUUGAUUGUGUAAGAA